AUGCAGCGCACUGUGGGCCGAGUGAACUACCAAAAGUUUCUGCUAGACUAUGCCCUCUCUGAGACUACAGUUGAUUGGAACGACCGGCUGGUGGGAGCACAGAGUACAGGCAGGCCCAACCGGCUGUGCGCCCCCUCCUCCCUGCACUCUUCAUUCUUCCCUUCACAGGGCUAUGCAUGUGAUGCAUCGGACGAUGACAUCUACUCAUUUCUCGAGUACGACCCAAACCGGCUCUGCCCCGAUGACUGGAUGGCCACCCAGGCGCUCAUAUUCACCCACAACUGCUUCGCGCUGCCCAAGCGCCGCUGCAUGGCCCGCACCAACCAGAGAUGGACUGAGCCCCUUCCCUUCCCAGCGUCUCUCUUCACGCAGUCUGCGCUAAAGGACGAGAACGUGCGGUGGAGCCUACACUCAUGCAAGUCAUUCACCUGCCUGAACACGCGCGUGGUGGGCGACUGUCGCAACUGCUUCAACCUCGCUCUCGAGAAGAACCGAUGGCAGCGCGGCUUCCGAGGGUCGCUGCCCAUUCCCGUUGUCAUCAAGAUGAAGCGAGGGUCGUUGAGGCUCGGGCUGGACGCGGGCGGCGGCACGGGAACAUUUGCAGCACACAUGGCGCUAUACAACGUGACGAUUCUCACAACAGCCAUGAAUGUUGAGACGGUGGCAGGGAGGACAGGCGGGCUGCCUUAUAUGGAGACCCUGGCUCACCGGGGGCUCAUCCCCCUCUGGUUACCGCACAAGGCGCGUUUACCUCUCUUUGACAACACACUAGAUCUCGUGCAUUGCGUCAACAGCAUCAAGUAUCUCCCUGUGUUGGAAUUUGAAGAGCUGAUCUUCGAAUGGGACAGGGUUCUGCGAGUCGGUGGAGUCAUGUGGUUUGAAAUGUUCUACGCGCCUCUUGAUGAAAUGCCACUCUAUAUCGCAAUAGUCGAGCAGCUACAGUACAAAAAGCUUCAUUGGAACGUCACUCCUAAACCCGACAGUGGAGAGCGGAAGGGCAUGCAUGUUUAUUUGAACUGUGUUAUUGAGAAACCCGUGCGUCGAGACAGAUAA